AUGGCCUCUCUCUCCAAACCACCGCUGCUCGUCCACAACCACCUCACCUCCUCUUCCCACGCUCUGAUUGGUCCAGCAACUCUAUCCUUCUCCAAAACGACGUCGUUGCUCCGCACCCGCUUAUGUGCGCUGAAGACCGGGGCCGGGCGGCAGGAGGCAGACGGGCUGGAGCUGCUGCGGAAGCCGGUGGUGACGGACUUGGAUAUAGACCUAUCCGCUCCAGAUCCGGUCCAUUUACAGGUCUACUUGGAUGGGAAUUCGGAGGAAGAUGAGGGAGAGGAUGGGAAAUGGGUUGAUUGGGAAGAUAAGAUUCUAGAAGAUACUGUUCCGCUGGUUGGGUUUGUGAGGAUGAUUCUUCACUCUGGAAAGUAUGAGAGUGGGGAUAGGUUGAGUCCUGAGCAUCAAAAGACUGUUCUUGAGAGGUUGCUACCUUUUCAUCCUGAGGUUGCCAAGAAAAUCGGCUGCGAUAUUGAUUACGUCACGAUUUAG